AUGAAUCUUUGGCUCAUCUCCCUUGUCAUUAUCUCACUCAUCAUCCCCCUCUCUGCAAUGCCUCCACGCCAGAAGCGGUACUAUUUGAUAACCGAGCACGCGGAGCAAGUCAAAAAGGCUGCAAAGGAGUACCGAGAAUAUAAGGAGCGUGAGGCAAAGAAAAAUGAGAAAAAGAGAGUUAAGAGGGAUUGGUUUGCGACCAUGUCAGCACAGCAGGUCGCCGAUCGUCUCAACCUCCACGACAUGACUAUCAAGAAGCGUCAUCAUUGA